UGUGGUUGACGCUUGACGCAAGGUAAAUCUAAAGAUUUUUUUUUUUUGAGUGUAAGCCUGUGCUCAUUUCCCAUCAUCUUGUUAUUUACACUCUCCCUCUAGCCCCUUAACAUUACUGGUGCAACAAAAAAGGUGUGCAAUAUUGGGGUUAUCCAUACAGUUCUGAGCCAGAUACCAUUCGGAUGAGGAAGACGUUCAUGGAUCUAUAGUAGUCUGCAAGUGAAUGCAAGUUUGUAUGUAGCCUGUCGAUUGUAUUUUUUAUUUUAUUUAUUUAUUUUUUACAAACGAAACAGAAAUACCCUGAAAUUUUGAGCUUAAUUUUAUUUUCCUCCAUCAUCAUAACAUGUUACGAACACAAUUUUCAUCACAGUGGGUCGUGGAUGGAUGGGAGGGGGCAGAAGACAGGUACCCUGCCACCUCCAUCUCUGUUCAAGCCCUCCUCUCGGUGUUAAGCUCUUUCUCCCCCCCUCUCUCUCUGACACGCGCGCGCUCACGCACGUAGGGGGUGUGUGCUGUGAGCAUCUCUGCUGCUGGAAUCACGUACACACACCGCCAGGCUCCAUCCGACAGGCGCCCACGAUGAGAGGCUGCUCCAGCCGAACCAAGCAGAACCAGGGCAAGGCGGUAUGCAUGACCAACUGUCCUACCCUGAUUGUAACGGUGGGCCUUCCUGCCAGAGGAAAGACGUACAUCUCCAAAAAGCUGACUCGCUACCUGAACUGGAUUGGCGUUCCCACCAGAGAGUUCAACGUGGGGCAGUACAGACGAGACUUUGUGAAGAUCUACAAAUCUUUUGAGUUUUUUCGCCCGGACAACGAGGAGGGUUUAAAGAUCAGGCAGCAGUGUGCGUCAGCGGCACUGAACGACGUGCGGCAGUACCUCACAGAGGACGGAGGCCAAGUUGCAGUUUUUGAUGCGACAAACACCACCAGGGAGAGAAGAGAAACGAUCGUUCAGUUUGCUGAACAGAAUGGCUUUAAGGUGUUUUUUGUGGAGUCUGUGUGUGAAGACCCAGACGUCAUUCAGGAAAACAUUGUGCAAGUGAAGCUGUGCAGCCCGGACUACACAAACUGUAACACAGACGAGGCCGUGGAGGAUUUUAUGCAGAGGAUCAAGUGUUAUGAAAACUCCUAUGAAACGCUAGAUGAAGUUCUGGACAGGGAUCUCUCCUACAUUAAAAUCAUAGACGUAGGUCAGCGGUAUCUGGUCAACAGAGUGCUGGACCACAUCCAGAGCCGGAUCGUGUACUACCUCAUGAACAUCCACAUCACGCCCCGCUCCAUCUACCUGUGUCGCCAUGGAGAGAGCGAGCUCAACGUCAAGGGUCGAAUCGGCGGAGAUUCUGGCCUCACUGCACGGGGAAAACAGUUUGCAAAGAAGUUGGGUCAGUUCAUCCAGACUCAGAGCAUUGUGGACCUGAAGGUGUGGACCAGUCAGAUGAAGAGGACCAUCCAGACAGCGGAGGCUCUCGGCGUUCCUUAUGAACAGUGGAAAGCACUCAAUGAGAUCGAUGCUGGCGUUUGUGAGGAGAUGAUGUAUGAGGAGAUCCAGGAGGGUUACCCUCUGGAGUUCGCCCUGAGGGAUCAAGACAAGUAUCGCUAUCGCUACCCGAAAGGAGAGUCCUACGAGGAUCUGGUGCAGCGGUUGGAGCCGGUCAUCAUGGAGCUGGAGAGGCAGGAGAACGUGCUGGUCAUCUGCCACCAGGCCGUCAUGCGCUGUCUGUUAGCUUACUUUUUGGACAAAACAGCUGAGGAGCUGCCGUACCUGAAGUGCCCUCUGCACACCGUGCUGAAGCUGACGCCUGUGGCCUACGGUUGUAAAGUGGAGUCCAUCAGCCUGAACGUGGACGCUGUCAACACGCACAGAGAAAAACCUGAGAACGUAGAUGUGACUCGGAUGUCAGAGGAGGCUUUGAUUACUGUGCCAGCUCACCAUUGAGGCAGCUGGCCCUCCUCAGCACUCACUCCCCCCCACCCAACCCUGACCCCUUCCCCUUUUAAUAUUCAAUACGCACAAUGAUUCUCUUCAGACCUUUCAAACACGUGGAUGUCGAUUGUCUUCUUCUUUUUUGUUUUAAAGCUCUAUUUGAAGACACAUUGGUGAUGGUACUUAACUGGAAUCCAGUUUGUAAUUUUUCCACAAAAACAAAAAACAAUCCUGUCACGGAUCUUGUUGUGCACAUUUUUGCAGAGUGAAUAAAAGAAAAAAGCCCACACACAACUGUGAAGCAAUGAAGCUCAGGCACUUUUUCCUUUGAUCACACUUGAUUUUUUGAGUAAAAAAAAAAAAUGUUCGUUUCAUUUCUUCUUUAAUUUUGGAUGGUCAGGAAACUCUGUGUUAAGUUAUUAUAGUCUUUUGAAUGAAUUGAUCUUAUAAAUGCGCACAAUUUUUUCUAAAAACAAGCUUUGAGAUAAUCUGCGUGAGCUGCAAAGCAGUUUCAUUUACAGACAGGCACAUCUUUGGACAGCACAGUGCUGCAAAAAUGGAAGCACCCCUUCAAUGCCUUUAAGUGCCUUAUAGUGGCUGAUUUUUGUGUAUCCUGACUGUCAUAAGCCAAAUCUUUCCUUUAGAAUUUUUUUUUUAAUAGGUGGAGGAUAAAAACAUUUCUAAGCACAUUUUAGGAAAUAAAUUGCAUAAUUAAUUGAGAAAAACACUGGUUUCGUCUGUUUUCUGUUUUGCACAUGAACACAUUUUGUUUAGCUUCUUGAAAAGUGUAAAAUCCUCCAUUUAUGUUAUCAAACACUGAUCAUUUCAGAUUAUCUUUCUGUUGACUGUCUCUAAAAUAAACUCAACCAUUCCACAAA